AUGUCAGACAAUACACAAAUAUAUUCAGCAACAUAUUCAAAUGUCCCAGUGUUUGAGUAUGUCACAUCUGAAGGACCCAUAAUGCGACGUAAGGGCGACUCCUGGAUUAAUGCUACCCACAUCUUGAAAAUAGCAAAACUACCAAAGGCCAAGAGAACGAGAAUACUCGAAAAAGAUGUACAGACAGGAGUACACGAAAAGGUUCAAGGUGGAUACGGUAAAUACCAAGGAACUUAUGUACCAUUGAAAUUGGGCGAAGUAAUUGCUCGCAAUUACGACGUUUACGACACUCUAAAGCCUAUAUUUGAUUUUGAAUACAUCGAAGGUAAAACUGAAUCACCACCACCGGCCCCCAAACACAACCACGCGAGUGCAUUGAACAUCGCUAAGCGGCAAGCGUCACUACAGAAGAAGGAUUUACAAGCAAAGCAACCAAAGCAACCAAAGCCGCCAAAGCAGCCCAAGAUUAAAAGGUUAGGGGAGGAGCCGAAGAAACGAGGAAGACCAAAGGGUUCGACAUUGAGCUCGACUCCAAGCCUACAGCAUUCAGAUACUAUACCCUUGGGAACUGGUGCUGGCGAUUACAGUAGGAAUAGUUCCUUUGCGGGUCCGAUUCCUAGAAUAUCGCGACAAAAUACUGAACAGGAUGCCUUACAUAUGAUGGCAUCAAAUAUGAACUUGAGACAAGAGGAUUUGGCAUCUGUGGAUACUGACGAAGACGAGGAUGAAAGCUAUCGGAAAAAUGGUGGGGCAUCCUUGAAAAGGAGCAAAAAGAAUAAUGGACUUUCGAUGCAUAAUGGUGAUUUUGAAACAAAUGCUGACUUGUUAACAAGCAGAGAAUUAUUCGGUGUUUCAAGAAACACGUUUGAGAAAAAUGCUCACAAUUUUAAUGGACCCCAAACGGACUUGAUUACACCUUACCAUCAGCCUAGCAUCAACCUCUCCCAAGACAAUCAAAUUUAUUCAGAGUAUUUUGCUAACUUUGUGUCGUUCUUUUUAGACGACGAGGCCAACAAAGGCCAGCUAGAUGCAGCACCAGAAUCUGUUUUACCCGAAAAGCUUUUGCAUCCACCUCAACCUGUAUCCAAAAUUCAUAUUAAUCAUCCAAUUGAUAAUGAGGGCAAUACCAUUUUCCAUUGGCUUUGUUCGUUGGGUUAUAUGACACUCAUAAAGUUCUUGAUAGACAAGUUUGACAGGGAGAUAAGGCUCGAUAUACGAAAUAAUAAUGGGGAAACUCCGUUGAUGUUUUUGGUGAAGUUUAGUAACUGUUUUAGCUCAAACACUUUUGAAGAAGUGUUGAGUGUGCUUUUUGAAUCGCUCAUACUAGUUGAUUCCAGUGGGAAAACUGUCUUGCAUCACAUAGUGGAGUAUAAGAAGGAGAAGGUGGCUGCCUACUAUUUAGAGGUUUUGUUGAAGCAGCUAGUGCAUAGCAGAGAAAAUGCUAACGAUGAUGAAGAGAACAUAACAGACGAGCGAUUUGAAUUGAUUACGAAAUUCAUCAACCACCAGGAUUCUGAUGGAAACACAGCAUUUCACAUAGCCGCAUACAACUUGAGCAAAAAAUUGAUAAAGGUGUUUAUUGAUUAUCACAAGUUUAUCAAUUUCAGUCUAAGGAAUUUAGUAACAUGUACAGUUGAGGAUUACUUGGCGUCCCAUAAUUAUGUUCUACGUCUAGACGUUGGCACCGAUGGCGAAGACGAUGCAAAUGUCGAAAACAUAGAGCUCAUAAAUAACCACAGACACGAUAUGAUAGAAGAAGCGGACUCGCUUGGACAGUCAUUUGAUGCGCAACUUUACAACUCAAAAUUGGCAAUCAAUUUGUACAACAACACUGCAAAUAAACUAACGGAAAAAAUGGCUGAUUUGUCAUAUGUCAUUAACCAAGAGUUGAAGGAAAAGGAUGAAGUAGUAUUGGGCUACUUUAAGACAUUAGAUAGAGUAAAUGAGAUCAAGCUAGCAACACAGCGAGCGAUACUAUCAAUUUUUAAAUUGGAGCAUUUGAUUGAUGAUUUAGACGAAGGACUGAAAAAGGAGAAAUUGGACCCAUCAAGCCAGGAGUCAAAUGUGCUCGAAACCAACUACGAUAACUUUCAAAUGAAUUUCAAACGAGAUCAAAUUGUCCAAGAGGAAAUCUUUCGUUUAGUGAAUGAUUUGACCUAUCAAAUAUUGCACAAACAAGAGGACUUGAAGAAUGUGUUGCAAAAGUUUAAAAAUUUCAAGGAGUUUGAAAUUAGGAAACUGUUACAGAAAGUAUCAUAUGAUGAGAAUGACUAUCUGACCAACGAAGAUCAGUUUAAACUUGCUAAUCUCCUACAAGUUGAGAUAAUGAAAAAGAGACAUUUGUUAAAUAUUAUUGUUGACCAUACUAAAGACGUUCCUGCGUUGCCCCAUCCCAUAACCACGUCAAAGCCUAUUAUUGAACAGUAUGCAUCGAAUCCGGACAACAAAUUGAUCAAAUACUGUAAGCUCAUCUCGUUGAGUUGUGGAAUGAGAUUCGAUGAAAUUGAAAGCAAUAUUGAUCUGAUUGAACAAAGCUUGUUGAAGAAUAGAUGA